AUGUCGCAGUCUCCAACUACUUCUCAGCCAUCAGUACCACGAUCACCAACACGGCAACGCCCGUCUACAGGGUUACAGCACCCGGUCUCAUCGUGGCCACUGGAUAAUUCAUGGGCAUCGACGACACCACAGCGAUCAGGAGCAUCACAAUCUUCGGCUCUAGCGCGUCGACCCGCACCAUCUCAGCCUCCAGUAACCAGGUCUCCGACAUCAUCCCGCCCCCCUUCAUCUCAACCAUCGACUUCGGAGCCCCCGCUCCAUGCCCCAACAGCGCAAGAGCGGCCCGCAGCGCAAGUAGUAAUGUCUCCUGGACCUGCUGUGUCUAACAGCGAACAGCCAAACAACGCACGGCCGACUUCGCAGACAUCGCAGAUCCUGGCACCUCCCCGCCCCUCACCGGUAGGGAAUCCCCCGCCAGAAGAUGCUCAGACACGCUCUGAAGUCUUGAGACAUCCUCAUGCAGCUCAGCCCAAAGCAUCUUCACAGGCCUUGGUCAACAGUCUCCAACCUAGCGAACCUCCACAUGCGACAAAGCCCAAGGCAUCAUCCAACCCUUCAGUUGAUAUUGUUUUGCUCAACCAUCAAGCAGUCAGUGAAGCGCGGUCACAGCCCAUGACAUCUGGACAGCAAGCAGCGACGAACAGUCCUACACAAAUGCCAGAAGCUCAUCAAAGACAUUCAGAAACGCCGCCCGUUACGUCUCCUGCCAGACCUGAAGUUCCAGCUCCGCGCCGCCCGCUCCCUCGGGAGAGACCGUCACCUAGACCGCCAGCUUCACCAGCAAAGAGCUACGGAACCCCCCAGGCCAUGCCGUCACAAAACCAGGCUCUCAGUGCUACUUCCCAACAUCCCUCUUUUGCCGAGAACACUCCAGCAGCUCAGCCAGAGCGACCAGAACAGAUACUCUUUCGUCAGCCACCUGCCAGAUAUGUUUCUCGACCUACUUCCCCGGCAACCCAAAACUCACCCCGCUUGCCGCCUAUGGUUGUUCCCGAGCCCGCUUCGCAACUGGAUGGACACUAUCUCCCCAAUACCAUGUUAGCGCAACAACAGGCUGCCUUUUCGAUGUGUCGACCUGGUUCUGCUGGACGUACUGGGCCACAGCCAGUGCCUUCUCCUAGUCACGCCGUGGCGGAAGCCCACCGACCUGGUUCUGCAUCCCAAGGGCACAUUGGAUCACAGGCUAUGCCUUCUCCUCAAUCACAGCCAAUGCAUUCUCCUCAUCAAGCAGCGACCGGAAUUCAGCCAUCACAGUCUGGUUUUCAAGGGCAUCCUGCUUCACAGCUGAUGCACUCUCCUCGACAAGUUCCUAGGGAAAUCCCUCACCCUGCUUCAGCCUAUCAAGGGCAUCCAAAUCAUCGUCCUGUUUCAUCACCGCGGGGUCCCUAUGCUGUUCCAGUGCGGCCGCCGGGACCGCCUCACCAUUCUUUCAGUCACUUUUCGCAUCAAAGCCAUGAGAUGCAGGGACAGGGCUAUAUUCCCCAGCGUCAUUGUCCACCAACAGGGACCGCCUCACCGCAAUUUCCGGGAAUAGAAAACCAAUUGCCACCCAUACGGUUAUCAAACAUCUCUCGUCCUCGAUCUGGAGCCCAGACAGCUCCAAACAUGAUCUCACCGCCGCAGACCGCCGUGGGGGGCCUUCCAGGACAUUAUAUGGGACAUCAACAGCCUGCGCCGCAUAUCAUGCAAUCGCCGCGCCUAUCUGCGGCCGAAAUCUCUCGACCGCGCACGACAAGCAACAUGAACCCUCCCCUUUCCACGAUGUCACCAAUCCUAGGACACACAGAACCGCGUAGGCCAAACUCAAGCUACGCCCAAAGUAUACCUUUUCACGCACCCUUGCCCACAAUGCUGCCAACUUAUUCGAACACAAGCUACCAGUCCUCGGCACCAUCUGCACAUCAAUACGCCCAACCUAACCCUUCUCAAGCUCACUCUCGAAGACAUUCCGAAAGCGCUUGCCAACCCCAACUACAGCAGUAUGCACUCGCAGGCAGCCCGCAGAUAUCAAACUCUACACCAAGGUCCUAUCAGCCGCCUGAGCUCGAUCAGGGUCUGAGACGUAAUCCGGCUCUGGACCCCUUCCUCCCUGAGCUCUCUCCCAAUGUUCGUAAGGCAUUUCUGGAGCAAGUUCGAACAGACAGACCUGAUAUUAUUCCCAGCGAUUUUCUCAACAUCGAAAACAGAUAUCGAUGCCCUUUUUGCAAAGAAACGACUCUGGAACCAACAGAGUUUAUCGAUCACCUCAAGAUGAGCUGUCCAAUGCUGAAGGAGAAGUAUAAGCAGGACAAGCAUGAGAAUGUCUUUGAAGCGAAUCGAACCAAGCGAGCCAAGCAAACUAAGAGAAAGAGUCAGACUGCCCAGGCAAAGAAGAAUGCUCGAGUUCGUAGUUGA